CUUUUAUCGCGUCCCUCCGAUCGCUAGUGCCAUCUGCCACUCACUUCCUUUUGAAAUUGCUCCUUAUCAGAAGUACGAAAGAAUUAUCUUGACCAUUAUAACUUCUCCAUGGUUGACACCGAACUUCCUCUUCCCUCAAUCGAGGUCAGAGACCUGUCUUUCAAAUUCCCUGAUGGAUCUUCGGGCUUGACUAAUGUCAAUCUGCAUGUACCCUCCGGCAGUCGCACCCUACUUAUUGGAGCCAACGGUGCUGGUAAAACCACACUUCUACGCCUUCUGUCCGGCAAACGCCUGGCCCCUACAGACACCAUCACCGUGGCAGGCAAAGAUCCCUUCAAAGAUGGAUUGGAAGGCGUCACUUAUCUCGGCAUGGAAUGGGUCUUGAACAACAUUGUCCGGACCGACAUCGAUGUGCCCACCCUACUUGCCUCCGUUGGCGGCAACGCCUACCCGGAGCGACGGGACGAGCUAGUCGAGAUUCUCGACAUCGAUCUCCGCUGGCGCAUGCAUGCCGUGUCGGAUGGAGAGCGUCGCCGCGUGCAACUCGCCAUGGGCCUGCUUCGUCCCUGGCGGGUUCUCCUGCUUGAUGAAAUCACCGUUGACUUGGACCUGCUCUCCCGAGCCAAUUUUCUCUCGUUCUUGAAGCGUGAGACGGAAACCAGGCCAUGCUCCAUCGUAUAUGCCACGCAUAUCCUGGACAAUUUGUCCCUGUGGCCCACGCAUCUGGUCCACAUGCAUCUGGGCACAGUCCGCCAAUGGGGUCCAGUGGAGAGAUUUCGUGAUGAGGUUAAAGAGUCCUCCCAAAAUAGUCAGCUUGGCGAGCUGGUGCUCAAAUGGCUCACAGAGGAUCUCAAACACAGAGGGCCCCGGAACGGAUAUAAGGGUCAGGCUAAAACAUACCCAUCACUAGAAGGCUUGGGUGGCUAUGGACUUGAAAAGCGACCUUGAUUGACAUCCUUCCUCGUCCCUGCAGUAUGUCUAUCUUAGUCUCGCUCCACUUUCAACUCGAUCGCCACGGUUCAACUACUGUCGCCGGGCUUACACACAUGGAACUCACAACAUCCUUCAACCUUUGAUGAUCUAGCACCUGCGUAUACAGUUCGACCCACUUUGGGUUUUCUUUCAACAUACAAAGGAUUUCAUAAAUGGCAUUGGCCUCAUUUCUGCUAUGAAUUCUCAUCGUCUCUUAACAGCAAUAUAGUCUUACAUAGAUAUAUCAGUUUGGCAUUCAUAAAACCAAGU